CGAGCACCUCGGCAACAGUCGACGAUUUGCUGCUGAUCUAAUAAUUGAAAUGAAACUGAUUUGGGUCAUUCCUAUGUUGAUUGGCCUGGCCUUAAGCCACGUCAAUGCUAAUUGUUCGGCUGAUUGUCCCGAUACUGAGGAUGUUGUGUGGGCUCUCGGGGGCGGUUGUAAUGUUUUCCGCAAUAAGUGUUUCUUUGACAAGGAGAACUGCCAUCGCAAGCCAGCCCUGACUAUUGCUACCAAGGAGGAGUGCCAAAAGUUAUGCCCCGAUGUUUGCAUACAAAUACAUCAACCAGUCUCAGGCACCUACAAGGGCCAAAUAAGACAUUUUGGUAAUGCAUGCGAAAAGAUUGUACAUAGCUGCAAAACUGGUGAAACAUUCUUGGACUGAGCAAAGAAAUCCGACUUCUAAACGUUUGAAUUAACAGCUUGUAAAAAAUACUAAAAUAAAUAAACAAAAAUAUAUGAA